AUGGUCGGACUUGGUCCCAAGCAGCCUCCAUCCCGCAAGGGAUCGACGGCCGAUUUGCCCCAGAACCUCCUGAGCCAGAUCAAGGAGUUUGAGGAUGUUUUCACUGUCGACACUGCCAAGUUGAAGGAGGUCGUUAACCACUUCGUCAAGGAGCUUGAGAAGGGUCUCAGCGUCGAGGGUGGUAACAUUCCGAUGAAUGUCACCUGGGUUAUGGGAUACCCCGAUGGUCACGAAGAGGGAACUUUUCUGGCCCUCGACAUGGGCGGCACCAACCUGCGUGUCUGUGAAAUCACCUUGACCAAGGAGAAGGGCGCCUUCGAUAUCACCCAGUCCAAAUACCGUAUGCCCGAUGAGCUCAGAACCGGUACCGCCGAGGAACUGUGGGAGUACAUUGCCGACUGUCUCCAGCAGUUCAUCGAGUACCACCACGAGGGUCAGAGCCUGGCUAAGCUGCCUUUGGGUUUCACUUUCUCCUACCCCGCGACCCAGGAAUAUGUCGACCACGGUAUCCUCCAGCGCUGGACCAAGGGAUUCGACAUUGACGGUGUUGAGGGUAAAGAUGUUGUGCCGCCUUUGGAAGAGAUCCUGAAGAAGCGUGGUCUGCCCAUCAAGGUUGCUGCGUUGAUCAACGACACCACCGGAACACUCAUCGCCUCCGCAUACACUGACACCGAUAUGAAGGUUGGCUGCAUCUUCGGCACUGGUGUCAACGCUGCCUAUAUGGAGAACGUUGGCUCCGUGCCCAAGAUCGCCCACUUGAACCUGCCCGCCGACAUGCCCGUCGCCAUCAACUGCGAGUACGGAGCGUUCGACAACGAGCACGUUGUUCUGCCCCUCACCAAGUUCGACCACAUCAUCGACCGCGACUCCCCCCGCCCCGGUCAACAAGCUUUCGAGAAGAUGACCGCCGGUCUCUACCUGGGUGAGAUCCUGCGUUUGGCUCUGUUGGAUCUCGUCGAGAGCAAGCCCGGCCUUGUCUUCCAAGAUCAGGACAUCUCCAAGCUGAAGAAGCCCUACCUGCUGGACUCGUCCUUCCUGGCAGCCAUUGAGCAGGACCCCUAUGAGAACUUGCAGGAGACCGAGGAGGUUUUUGAGCGCCACUUGGGCAUUAAGUGCACCCAGCCUGAGCUGGAGAUGGUCCGCCGUCUGGCCGAGCUGAUCGGAACCCGUGCCGCUCGUCUCUCUGCUUGCGGUGUCGCCGCCAUUUGCAAGAAGAAGAACAUCGAGUCGUGCCACGUUGGUGCUGACGGUUCCGUCUUCACCAAAUACCCCCACUUCAAGGCCCGUGGAGCCCAGGCUCUGCGUGAGAUCCUCGACUGGGCUCCACAGGAGAAGGAUAAGGUCUCCAUCAUGGCGGCCGAGGAUGGAUCCGGUGUGGGUGCUGCCCUCAUUGCGGCCUUGACACUGAAGCGUGUCAAGGCAGGCAACCUUGCAGGUAUCCGCAACAUGGAAGACAUGAAGACCCUGCUCUAA